AUGAGGAAAAAGGUGAUUUUGCAACCUCACCAAAGCAUUUCAGCUUAUGGAUUGUUUCAUGGUGGAUUUGAAUUGGCACGCAGAGUUGCUUGGGUGAAGCUGAUGACUUUGUGCAUUGCAAGACUACAACAAAAUGGUGCAACUACAUCUAUUCGUGAUUGUUUGUGCAUGAAUAAAGGCUUGCCAUUGCCCUUGGUGCUGUUGUGGGACAGAGCCAGUGUAUAUGUACAGAAGUUGCGAAUGUUGACCGACUUUGAAGGUGCUACAAGAAAAAACGAAGUAGGGUUCUGCGUUUGGACUAGCAAAGAGUUCCACCGGUACCAGGUUGUUGGGAAGAAGCUCCCUACGGCAUCUAUUGACCACCCUAAGAUUUACCGAAUGAAGCUCUGGGCCACCAAUGAGGUUCGCGCCAAGUCCAAACUCUGGUAUUUCCUUAGGAAGCUGAAGAAGGUCAAGAAGAGCAAUGGCCAAGUGCUUGCCAUUAAUGAGUGGUUCCUCCUCAACUCUCCUCCUGGCUUAAUCCAAUUUGUUGCCAAAGGUGACAUGAAGCAGAAACAGGGAAGGAAAUCUCAUAUGAAAUGGGUAUUUUAUGUUGGAGGAAAUGCAUUCUUUGCCAUAGUUCCUGGACAGGUCCUCUUGGCUUCCCUUGAUGCUAUCAAGUUAAAACCCCUGCAAAGGACAAGAAAGAACAGAAGCCACCUCUAUAGCAAAGCCAUCAAGAGAAAGAUCCCCUUUACAUCAAGGCAGAAAAUCCCCUUCCACCACCCAGUAGCAUAUAUAU